CACCACAACCCGAACAUUUUUCCUGCUUCGCCUCCAGGUCGGCGGAGAACCUUCCUUUCCGCUAAAGUUUCUCCUCUAUUUUUUAUUCGCCCGCUCGAUAUUCUUCCCCUUCUCAUCUAGGGCUCCGCGCUUCACUCUGCCGGCGACAUCGCUUGGGGUUUUUGGUUCCUGCCUCAGUUGAUACGUCAAUGCCGUCUCCUUGUCAUUGAUCAUCUCGUAAAGUCACUUAACCUGACGCGUUGAGUCAAAUCAGGAUGUAUGAAUGCUGGAGAAGGAAUAUUGUCUCUUAACAAUGCAACAAACCAAGCAGAAUCCAUUUCUUCAGUGUUCAUGUCUGUGAUAUAUUCCAAGUCAGCAGGAAUACUAUCCAUUUGAAAACUCUGAAAUUGACAAUAGUGCAGAACAAAAUGACAUCAGUCUUGUCCAUUAUAUUUCUGUGAGGUUAUUUUUAUUCGUUAUGACUAGGAUUAUGGACCAUGCUCAGUCAUUGGGGGAGUACUAAAGACAAUUAAACAAUGAUUCUGAGUGCAUCUGAACAAAUCCAUGCUCUAAGAGUUCCUGAAGCUAAUGUUACACUUUCUCAGGUUGAUGUUAAAGUCAACCGUGAGACUGAAAAAUAUAUUCCAGGAUGGUCCUUAUUUUCACAAUGUAAGGUUCAAUCUCAGAAGUGUGAGAAAUGUUCAAGAGACUUUUGCUCCACAAUUAAUUAUAGACGGCAUGUUCGUCUUCAUCGUAGGUCUUUGAAUAUUGCUAAGGAUUUCUUGAAGAAUAGGGUACUCUUGGGAGAAUACUGGGAUAGGCUACCAAUAGAGGAGGCAAAAGAUAUUCUUUCUUUGAAGGAUGCUGUUGUUGAGGGUGUUACUGGUUCUUUUAUUAUAAAGGAAUUGACAAAUUUCAUUCAGAACCUUGGUCUUCUAUUACUUCCGCAUGUGUAUGUGAAGGCUGGUGCAACUCUUUUGGAUAUUGUAGAAGGGAGUUCUUAUAGGUUUCCUUUGUCAUCUCAAGAUUUGUUUAAUCUUCUUGAUGAUGCAAGUGAGAGGACUUUUUUACAUGCUGGCAAUGCCUUAUCCAUGCAAAAGUAUAUCUUCAAUGGAGAUGCUGAAAAAAUUUCUAUCGAGGCGAAAAAUUUGGUUGCAUUUGCUAGUUUUAUGCUUGAACAGAAAUUGGUCAAGUCGUGGCAUGCUGAGAAAGAUAUUGAAGCAUUAAGAUUACAGUGUCUGCUUAUGGAAGAAGAGGAAAUUGCAAAGAAAAGGCAAACUGAACUUGAGGAAAGGAAAAGGUUAAAAAAACUGAGGCAGAAAGAGAGAAAAAUGACCAUAGCAACUGGUACUGCCAAAAACAAUUCUGAGCCAUAUUCACAUGAUUCUGUCAGGUUAACAUGUAGGUCUACAGAAACAUCAAGCCCAAUACCUACAUCUGUCUCUUGCAUUGACACUGGCACAGCAAAAGCUAGUCCAAAGUUACUGUGUGUACAGCCAACAAAAUACUGCAAAGUAGAACCCCAUUUAGAUUGCAACAUGUUUUUGCAUUCUCCAAAAGAGGUUAGUGUUGACUUUGUAGAUCAGAAAAUGGAGAAUAAAUCCUGUGAGUGUCAGCUAACUCCAAUCAGUGGUCAAAUUUUGUUGACACAAAUUCCUCCAAGCAGUUGCUACCAUGAUGAAGCUCCAUUUGCAAAAUCUCCCACAACUUCAACCAACGACCUUAUUAUUGGGACGCAGAAAACAAAGCCAGAGAAAGAUGGCAAUGAAAUUAACAGCAAGUGUGAAGUCUUGAUUGGCUCUAUCAGCGUUGACCUUGGAAAUGGUUCACCGUUGGUGCUGAAACAUUCUAAGCUAGCAGAGCAUGUCUCGAGUCUCAAUUCAGCCAACAUAAUGGACAUAAAACCACCAAACCCAUGUUGCCAUGACAUUGUAGAUUCUGCUGUAGAGCAAAUAGGAGCAAAGUUUAAUGAAUUACAUGCUCACCCUUUUAAUCAUAUUCCUGUUGAGAAUGCUUGUGGCAAUGGUUUUGGCAAAUGCUUGGACUCUAUCAUUGACUUGGAUAGUUCAGAUUUGGCAUUCCCCAGACUCUUCUCAAGCCAUACUGCAAAGGCCUUUCUGGCAGAGAGAUGGAAGGAAUCAAUGAUGACUGAUCAUGUGACGCUUGCUUUACCCUCUGACACCGAAUUAUGAGUCUCUCCUUCCAUUAUUUUUUGGUUGAGGUGGAAGAUCAGCAAGAACUGCAAAAACAGACAUCUGGGCCAGGUUUAUGAUAUCUCAGCUAUAGACAUUUUUGUUACCAAAAGCAUUGCUAAGCUAGAUGUUGAACUUGUUGGAUUAGAUGCAUAGAUUCUUCUUUAUGAUAUCUCACAGUUAAAAGCAUCCUGAAGUUUUAGAAGGCUUUCCCAUUUUAGCAGAUGUCCUCUGAGUAAAAACAUCUGCUUUCUUUUUGCAACAUUUUUCAUCUUUCUCGGUUCAGAUUUUAUGUUUCCAUUUGGAUUUACUUUAACUAUUUCGUUGUAUUACUCCAUAGAUAGAUCAUAAACAAGUAAACAACUGACUGCAACUUGAAGGUUCAAGAAUCUACAUUUUAUUUUGUUUGUUA